AUGCAGAUAUAUUUGUGCUACAUGAAUAUGGACGGAUUAAGAAUAAUCUUCCUUUUACUUUGUCUGCAAAUGACACAGGGAUGUUUCCGAUCGGGUUUUACAAGCGACAGAGAACUUACGGAGAGUGGCAGUGAUACUAGUAACAACGUUGAAGACGAACCUGUAACAGAUGCACCGGAAGUUGGGACUGGCGGGAACAAUGAACCUGUAACAGAUGCACCGGAAGUUGGGACUGGCGGGAACAAUGAACCUGAAACAGAUGAUGAUGAGAAUAACGUUAAUGAUGAGACGCCGACGUGGCCAGGGUGUCCAUCUAUCAUAACCAGAUCACAGUGGGGAGCACGUGCAGCAAAAAGUACAACGCCAAUGACGUCUGCUCCAAUGUAUGUAGUAAUACACCAUGGCGCGGGAACUAGAUGUUUCACACCUGAAAAAUGCCAAGAAAUAGUUCGAGACUACCAGAAUUUACACAUGGAUACCAGAAAAUGGAGUGACAUUGGUUAUAACUUCAUUGUUGGCGAGGACGGAAAUGUGUACGAAGGAAGGGGCUGGGGAAUCCGAGGCGCGCACGCUGGAACUUCAGAGUUAAAUAAAAAGAGCCUAGGAAUUUGUGUGAUCGGGGAUUUCAGCAAUAAUGUCCCUAACGAGGCUGCCCAGAAUGCUGUGAAACAGCUGAUCACGUGCUCCAAGUCCAACGAUAAGCUGCUGUCUACCUACACAAUACGCGCACAUCGUGAUUUAAAGAAUACAGAGUGUCCAGGGCAGAAGUUCUACGACGUGAUCAAAACAUGGUCUAGAUAUAGCGAAAGUGCCAGUGUUGACGCAAAAACGAGUGAAGAUGGAACUGUCAGUGUUGAAAACGCCGAAAUCCAACUUCCUGGGUGUCCAACGAUCAUCUCCCGAGCGGGCUGGGGUGCACGGGCACCGAAGAGCAGAAGACAGAUGAGUUCGUUGCCAUCUUAUGCACUUAUUCAUCAUGGUGCUGGAGCUAGAUGUUUUACAAAGAGCGCGUGCACGAGCACAGUCCAGGCGUAUCAGAAACUGCACAUGGAUAAUAACAAUUGGCACGAUAUUGGAUACAACUUCAUUGUUGGUGAAGAUGGCAACGUGUACGAGGGUAGGGGUUGGGGAAUAAGCGGUUCACAUGCUGGAAAAAAUCCCUACAACAGUAUAAGUUUAGGUAUUUGUGUGAUCGGAGACUUUAGUAACGAUGUACCAAACGAGGCUGCACAGACGGCGAUAAAACAGUUGUUAUCAUGUUCAGUAGCCAAGAAGAAACUUUUGCCAUCAUACACACUGCGCGGUCAUCGUGACGUGAAAAGCACAGCAUGCCCUGGGACAAGUUUCUACAAUGUUAUUCGAACAUGGAACAGAUAUUAACUCAAUAUUCCUGUUUUGUAAUACAUGUAAAUACUAGCGGCAGUAUGAAUGAGGCUAUGAUUUUUUUUUUACUCGAUUUCAACUUUUUUUGGUAAACUACUAAAUGCAAGCACUUAAAUUACCUUCACUCGUAUCCAUCUUUAGAAUUACUAUUCAUCAAAACUAUCAAUUCGCUAAAUAUUUUAAUUACUUAAAACUAUUCAUCAUUUUUAGCUGAAAUUGCAAAAUAUAAGAGCCGCGUCAUAACAAAGCCAACAUAGUGGGUUUGCGACCAGCAUGGAUCCAGACCAGCCUGCGCAUCCGCGCAGUCUGAUCAGGAUCACUGCUGUUCACUGUCAGUUUAUCCACUGUUAUAGUGUUGGUAAGCGAACAGCAUGAAUCCUGAUCAGACUGCGCAGAUGCGCAGGCUGGUCUGGAUCCAUGCUGGUCGCAAACCCACUAUGUUGGUUUUGUCAUGGCGCGGCUCAUAUACUGACAGGAAUAGUUAACAAUGCAGAAAAUGGUCGGACUGAUUUUAGUCAUGCACUGGUCGCGAAAAGUAGAAUCAGCUGACGUCAGCCGGCUUCAAUACUUUUUGUCUCAAUGCAAGUUAUUUAUAUGAUUACUUGGAAAGUAUAUAACUACAUGUAUAAGAGAAAUAGUGAUAAUAUAUAAUCAAUAUUAAUAAUUCUAAUUGCUCCACUGACAAAUCUGCCUUAUUAUGCUUAUACAGCAAUGAAUGUACAUCUUAUAUUGUCACCUAUGUUAUAUUUAUGAUAUUAUGCAAUAUACAGAUGAUCAUCAAAUUCCAGAAA